GUGUCUCAGUUGAGUUUCUCUGUAGUCUGAGAGAGUUUGUCUUCCCUGUGCUCUCACUCUCUGUUCAACACUGAGACCCCUUCGGUUCCUGCAUCCAAAGAUGACUUUAACAUGGAUUUUACUGGUCCUUACUGGGAUUAUCUGCACAGAGACUAAGAUUGUACAUGAGGAUAUUGGUCUGAGGGGGUGCACAGACUCAGAUGGAGAGGAGAUGUAUGGAGUGGAUGGGGAAGAGAAGGGCCACGCAGACUUCACCAAGGGCAAAAUGAUUAUGACACUGCCUGAGUUUGCUGAUCCGUAUAAAUAUGUGGAAGGCACAUAUGAGAGGGCAGUUGCAGAACAGCAACGCUGCAAACAGUACUUGCAAACAGACAUAAAAGGAAACAAAAGUCCAGCAGUAGCAGAGGCCCCCCCCAUGUGCUCCAUCUACCCCAGAGAUGAGGUGAAGGUGGGCACUGGCAACACCCUCAUCUGUCUCAUCACUGGGUUCUACCCUCCCCGACUCACCGUGAGGUGGACCAAGAACAACAAGAACGUGACCCAGGGAGUGAGCAGCAGUCAGCUCCGUAUAAAUGUUAAUGACUUCUCCUUCAGCCAGUUCUCCACCCUGAAGUUCACCCCUCAGGAGGGGGACAUGUACACCUGCACUGUGGAGCACUCAGCACUGGAGUGGCCCAUGACAAGAGAGUUUGAUGUUGAGGUGUCGGAGCCCAGUCUUGGUCCCUCAGUGUUCUGUGGAGUGGGUCUGACUCUGGGACUGCUGGGAGUGGCUACCGGAACGUUCUUCCUCGUCAAGGGAAACCAGUGCAACUGAAACUGUAUUCUAAUGUGGCUUCCUAUUCAUUCCCAUCAGAUGAAUGAAAUGUAGAUAAUGCAAUCCUGACAUUCCCUGUUUCUCUGCCUCAGCCUUUAUGUUGGAAGUUUAAUGGAAGAAUGAAACUUCACAAUGACCCCUCUGUAAAUCACUGUGUGUGCUCCUAUUUUUACUUUGGUUUACUGUUUAAUGUUUCUCUGAACCCAUGUUUAUGAGGCUUUGAUGGAUUCUACUUUGCAUUUUUAAUUAAUAUUCUGUGGAUUUACUCCCGACAUAUGUUUCCAUAAAAAAUAUUGGCUUGGUUUCCCAUACAGGGAUUAAGCCUAGUCAUAGAUUAAAUCAUAUAUUAAACCCAGAGGUCUCAGACAUGGAUUAAAAUAGUUUCAGACAUACCCUAGUCUUGAUUUAAACAAUCAGAUUUCCAGAGGGAAUCUUAGGACUAAUCCAGAUGUAAAUGAUGCCUUAAUGUCAGGUUUAACUUUGACAAUAGAGGAAAUUCUUGACUAUUUCAAUGAUGAACAAAGACCACCACCAAGAUCUGAGAAUAGGUUACUUAUAGACAGGAGAAACCCACUGAAUGAUUUUGAUGAAAUUUUCAUAACCAUUUCCAUAUGUACAAAAAAAAGAUAAUAAUAAAAAUCUGAAAUAA